CAGAUUGUUAGCAGUGUACUAUGUCGCCCUCUCCGAUCCGCUGUCGCGGCCCGUGGAAGAUACACAAGCGUUCCUCGGAGCCUGACAGAUGGUUGGAUGAGAUGGGAUUUUUCCGUAAACAUACAGCUAGGGACUCUAGCUGUCUUUUCCGCGCCGUCUCUGAGAACAUUUAUAACACCCAGCGGUACUUCCACAAAGUCCGACUGGAUUGCGUUCAGUUCAUGGCUACAAAGAGACACCUCUUCGAAGGGUCAUUGACAUGUCCGUUUGAAAAUUAUCUCAAAGAGAUGUCCAACCCUUCAGAAUGGGGUGGUCUAAUUGAAAUAUCGGCCAUGAGCCACCUCUAUAGACGUGACUUUGUAAUAUUUGAAGCCAACAAAGGUCCACAAACAAAAAUAUGCAAUGGUUAUGGAGACCCGAUAUACCUGUUUUACUCUCCUGAUACUAAGCAUUUUGAUGUGGUGUACACUAAAGAUUUCAUAAACACAUCUUCUUUUUGCCAGUCUUUGGUAUAUGAAAUACUUUAUGACGGCGUGUACCAACUCAAAGACCUGUCUUACGCGGUUGACAAAAUGCUACAUGAUAAGGUUCCCACUAACCAUAUCGAAUACUUCAUGACCGAGAAUGUGGAACGUCGCAAAAAGCAGAAAGAACGAGCUAAAAUAUUCAUAGAAGCUGCAGACGAUGAUAAAGACAGGAACACUAAUGCGCUAGCUCUGAAGUGUAAACACCAUACUGAGGAUUUGGAGCGAGCUAGUCUUUUGAAGGAGUCCCUGAGCAUCUUCGUGUUCAACCGCAGCCUCAUACAGCUUGAGAACGUCUGUAUGAACUGCCUGAACGUUAACAGCGCGAAAGACUUGCUCGACAAUGGCAUCACUCCGUUUCCGUACAAAGUGGCCAAAGCCUUAGAUCCUGAUAUCUACAGGAACAUUGAGUUCGACGUCUGGAGUGAACUGCGACGAGAAAUGCGUUACGGUGCGAGAUAUUCGGAUGGAACGACCCUGCAAGUGGGCGUCAAAUGUUUGUGCAAACUGCAGCCGGAGCAGACUGUCCCGUACCACUGCCACAUCCAGGAAAUGAGACCUGACGGGGGUCCCUGCCUUGUGUUCAUCGAGGAGUUGGGCGAGAAGCGAGUCGUCAACUUCGAGCAGUUGGAACCGCUUCCUCUCGAGGAAAUAAAGCCGUGGGCGCCUCCGUACAGAUACUCCCGGGCUCAUUCUCAGUUCCUGACCUUAAGCCAAAUGUUGCAGCAAAUAGGCAACAUCACCCUCAAACAAGGUUUGAGCAAGGCCCGAAACAAAUCCAAAGUGGUGUCGGAAGACAAGGCGCCCGAGAAGGUGACCAAGCCGACCAAAGUGUCGUGGAAUGAGGACACAGAGCUAUCUUUCCAAAACAACGUCGAUUUCACAUACCAACACCUGGACUUUCUUAACUUUGAACCGAUGCCUGUUAGUUUGAUCUUUGUUCAGGUUGAAGUUGAAGCACUGCCCCUAAUGGUGGACUGCCGGCCGGGCGCGGGCGCUCCGCCCCACGAGCUCGCACAUACUCAGCCGAAUGGCGGUACGCCCAAUGACAACCAUCAUACCCAGCAGGCUGGUGGUAGCGGCGACAUGGUAGCGCACGGGAUCACUUCGCCUGCCUCGGUGCGGGCUUCGACUCCCGCUACUACCAACACGCUCACCACCUAUACCAACGCGGUGAACCCGGUUGGCGGCGUGGGCCCGGGCUACGGCGGCGGCUACGUGUGCGGCGUGAAGGGCGUGGUGUGGGCGCCGCCGCCCGCCGCGCCGCACCCGCCGCACCUGCCGCCGCCGCCGCCGCCCGGCGUCAACCCGCACGUCUUCAAGAGCGUGCAGGCUAAUGGCGCUGAUCUGCCCAUGAAUGAUAUAACAACGCUCCGCUACUACUACAACUUGGGCGUGGACUGCUUCUGGUCGUCGUACGGGGCUCCGCCGCCGCCGCCGCCGCCGCCCCGCCACUACUCGCCGCGCGAGCUGGCGCAGGACAUGGCGAGCGUCACGCUGCACGAGCGUCCGCCCCCCGACCACAAGCACAAGCAGCCCGACAAGCCGCCGCUGCCGCAGGGCAAGGGCAACGCGCAGCGACCUCUGCUGGGCCCCAGAUUCAAGCGCGGUGGAGGCAACCAGGAUGGCAAUCAGAACUCCAACCACAACCAGAACAAGCAUAACAACAACAUGGGUAACAAGGGGCCCAACAACCGCCGCAACUCUCACACGGAGCAGCGCGGGCCGCACGCGUACGGCGCCGGCGAGGGCGAGUGCGUGCUCGACCAGCCGCUGCUGACGCUGCCAUACAUCCCCUACCCGCCGCCCAUCUACCCCAUACAGUACUACCCCGUCGAGACCGACCCAGCAAUGAUGGGCAUGAUGGGCGGAAUGGGCUACGUGGGCUACGAGGAGAGCGUGUACGAGGGCGGCAUGCAGCCCUACUACCCCCACGCGCCGCACUACCCGCCCCCGCAUCCCCAUCCGCAUCCCCACCACAUCGAGCACAAGUAAACCGCUAACAUACCGACCACCGACAUAAAAAACUAGCACAUACACACACAUACAUGGGAAAAACAGUAGACGUCAGGAAAUUAACCAGCCCACACAAACGUGCACAAAAACAAUAGAUAACCAUUUGAGGGUUCAAAGUACCUUUUAACAGUUCCCAUAUGUAUUGGUGCCAAUAUUGGUAUUUGGUUCCACUUUUUGAUAGCCUAACACUCCAAUCUUGUAUUGGUUUGCAAGCAAGCUAUCGAGAUUUGGUGUUAGACAAGCAAGUAGAUUUAUCAACCAGUGUGUGCUAGUUUAAAAUGUGAGGUGCAUUAGAAGAAUUUAGACUUGAGAUGAAAUAAAAACUACAUCAAAAUUACUUAUUGAUUUAAAGUGUUUCGCAUAAAAAAUCAAUUAAUGACUGUAAUAGACCUCCAGUCUAUUUUCUUCCAAAUGCUUGUCUCAACAACUCACUGUUACUUGAGUAAUCGACUAAAGUUAUCAUCUACUGGAGCAAGCCAUAGAAGUAUGAGCUCAGUACUGAUUAUUCUAUUCAUUAUUCCUUUUCACUUGUGAAUAACUCACUAAAGUUUAUCCUUCUCAAGACUCCUGUAAAUGUGACCUUAGUCGAUUAUUCGACUAAUCGUGUGUUCGGUCGGUACAUCGUCAACAUCGGAUAAAUUCUACAAGUCGAUAAUCGUCGUAAUAUCUAGCACGACUUGAAAUGGAAACGAAUUUGUAACAUUAACCACUUUCAAGUGAAUUUCUCUUUAUAAUAUUUACUGUAAACAUCUAAGUUAAACUUUCUAUUUAGCUCAAAAUUAAUCUUCGGAAAAGUAAUUAAAAAUUACAAAGUACAAUUUGUAAAAGUAUUUACAAUGAUAAGUAUUUUUUACUAUGCUAUCUUGUCACUUGAAAGUGGUACAACUUACAUGAUAUAUUUAUCUACUUAUCAUUUGGAGUGUACACUAACGUGGACGUUCAAAGGAUAAGCAUGUAAGUAUAUUCACAAUUCUCACACUACAGAUUGGUACCCACAUCUUCUAUUUGCAAAGCAAAUUGUUUUUGUGUGUCGAUAAUCUGAACAGUGAGAAUUGACAACUAAAUGUACACUGAAAUAAUCGAAUAACAACUUCUGUCUGGAAAUAACUUUGAGUUAAACGAAAUCCUAAAAAUGCGUAGCGGUUAUUUCAGUGUACGUUUAGAUAAAACAAACCGAUCGGCCGAGAUGCAUUUGAUUUUUGAACAUUUCCUCGUUCAAAAAUCGGUAAGUCUCGGCCGAUCAAUGUUUAGUCACCAACGAGUCUUCGGGACUCAGUAAGGCAGCAACGGUGACUAACUGUUAGCAUACAACGACAAUGCUCAUCGAAAGUAUACGAUAUACAAUGAACACUGACCCAUUUGGAAUACAGGAAACUUCGUGUCAGUGUUAUGCCAUCAUGCCGUGCUGUGUUCGGGACAUACAUAUAUGUACUCGGUACCAGUAACUUGUGUCAAUUUAUUCGCGAUUCCGUCAAUUUAAAACAUUCAGUAUGUAUUAGGAACCAAAUUAGAUCCUGUAAGGACAACGAAAUUUGUAGGUCUUGCAUUAAAUGCAUUAAAACCCGAACACAGCAUGGUAUGAUUUUUUUUUGUUAUUUAUUACGAUUUGGAAGUUUGUGACAAAUGUUGUCGAAAAAAUUGUAAAUUAGCGUUGUAUGUGUACUUAACGCGAAGAGGGGAGGUUUUGUAAUGAACAUGAAUGAACAACUUAAAACUCUUCAAAAUUCCCGAUUACUAUCGCGCACCUUCUGUGAUUAAUUUGGACUGAUACUAUUUCCCAUUUUUGUACCCCGUUUAGUAUUUAAUAUUGACUAGGAACCCCCUAAAGUGUUCAUUGGUGCUGCAAAAUUGACUAGAACAGGGUUAACGUAAUGUUUUUGUAUGCUACGGCACUAUACAUACAAUGUUGCGUAGUUGUUAGGCGCUGUAUAUCAUUCCUUGUAAUGUAAGGUGAAACUGUAAAUUUUAAGCCAUUUGUAGUUGUUACGUCGCAAAUUUAAGUUUCUGUUUCUUUUAGUUAUUUUUUUUUUUCACUAAUCACAACACAUGCGCUCCAGUAUAAGCUAUACCACGGCUACAUAAGAUACAUUCCUGCUAUGUAGCCCCUACUAUAUUAGUCGAGACAUGUGUCGUGAUUAGUUAUUAUUUGGCUUAAUUUUAGUUUAGUUAGAAAUAAGUCAAUACGGUUUCACAUGCCUCAGUGUAAGGCUCCCACUAUGAAUAGUUUACUUUUAAAUAUUCUCAGAUCUCAGGCUCACGAUAAAAUCGCAGACCUUUUGAAUCUCUAAACAAAAAAAAAAGACCGCACUUUGUAUGAAAAGUUGAUAAAAUGGCGUGAACACAUAAGUAUCCUACUUUGAUCUCAUAAAAAUAUCAUUUGUAAGAAAAGCUGGUGCUUGGGUAGUCGUUAAUUUUUCUUUAAUUAUUUCAAAAUCGACUAACAGGAAUGAUUUCGGCAUAUGAGGAAUGUCAGUCAACUAAUCAAGUCAUUGACACAAUGAUGUGAAUUUUCUCUCAGAAUAUAACUGGUUUAGUGCUUUUUGUCUGAAUAGCACCUAGUCUCUGCAUUUACUAUCAUUAGUUGUGUGCAUUUAUCGCGUCACAGAGGCUCGAGGAAGCCCACUGAAGUCCGAUCUCCUUUUUGGGGGAUCACUUGUCGAUAGUAUGUCAUUGCUACUAUUUCUGCUUACACCUCACCUAGAGCUCGCCGUUUAUAUGAUAAAUUUAACUACAAACGUAUUUUUGGAAUGUUUAUAUGAUAUUUGGCUGUGAUUCGCGCGUAAUCUCAGUAGAAGUUGAAAGAUUUUGGCAAACUAGUAGUCGUGCUUGUAGGGUGGAACAUGGACUGUUAACACGUGGUAGAUAUAACGGCGUACUCUGUAGGAAACAUUAUUUUGAUUAUCUUUGAUUGCUGCAGAUGUACCUCUCUUGAUCAGUCCGCCCAUGAUUUUGAACUACUUCAUAUUUUUGCAUAUUCUCUAUACCGCAUAAAAUUAUUUCUUUUUACGUACCUAUAUUUAUAGUACGUAACGAAAUCUUAAAUGUUUGUACAGACUGUUGUUAAAACUAUACAGAAUAAAAUACAAAAAAAUAAGUGUACUCCUUUAGUAUGUGUCAUGUUUACUGUAAUAAAAGUCAUUUUCGGUGUUUCAGUAUUAGUUUUAAAUCACUAGGAGUUAGAAUUUUAUGUUAGUCGUUAAUUAAUGUUUACGUAACUAUAGUCUAGUGUUACUUUAUUUAAGUAUACCGUCAGUUACUUUGUAAUCUCGUCAUUUAGGGCGUAAAAUAUAUAUUUUUUGUUCUCGCUAUAGUUAGUGUAAUAAGUGUGCCAACUUUUGAUGUAUUUAGUGUAAAUUGGCAGUGACAGUGGUAAUUAACAACGAUCAACGUGACUGCCAAAGAACGAAAUUGUCGUCAUAUCAGCUAAACCUACAUAAAUACAUACAAUAAUUGUGUUGUGAAUAUACUAUAUGUAGAUGUAUGUCGUAACUGUAUGGUUGUACAGAGCUCAAAGUUAGCGUUAUGUCCGCCUUUGGGAUGUUAUUUGUAAUUUUUUUCCAAAUUCCAUCAAAUAAAUGUCAACUGAUUUUUCGA